AUGAAAGAGAAAAACUUUUCACUAUCACCAAUACCUAAGAGAAUUCCAGAAGUUCAAAUUCCCAUUGAUAACUUGGUUGGAUGUAUUAAGGGAGCCGCCAAAAUGGUUUUUUAUAAUAAUAAUCAAAUUUGUUUAGUUGGAUUGACCAAAAAAGAAGAUGGAAUUGGAAUAGAUGACCCUAAAAUCAAGGAUUAUAAAUCAUUGGGAUUGGAAAAGAAGAAUCUUUCAAAUGGAAAUUUAUAUUUACACACAUUUGGAUCUUAUACACUUGUGGGAGAUACUUUUAUUCCUAAAUUUACAUUGUUGGAUUCAUUCCAGAAUAUUAGAUUGACUCUGGAGUUUUCAGAUUUUUCAUGCCAGAAAAUAAGAUCAUUUACUCCUAGUUCGAUAGAUAAAAAUGUUUGGUAUCUAUCAAGUGAUCAGUAA